AGUCAUGUUCUUGGUAACACCAAUGAUAUGACCUUAAGAGAUGACCUAGAUAAGCUAGAUAUCAAAACCAAUCCAAAUAUCAAUGAAUCUAAUAUAAUACUUUUCACUACACGUCUUAGUCCCAGUUUAACUGAGUUUCUUCAAGAUGAUUUUAAUUUCGAACUUUCGUUAAGACUAGUCGGUAACUUGAAAGACCAACUUAGAAUAAGGUCAAUCAAAGAUGAAAACUUACGCUUCAAACAAUUAAUAAGUUCAUUAUUCACUAAUAUCGUGCUUAAUUACCUCCAAGGCACGGAACUUUUUUCCAAGGUCAAAUUCACGUACAAUGAAUAUGGAAAACCACAGUUAAUUGAACAAGGAUUUCAAUUCAAUUCAAGUAGCUCAAAUGAUAUUGUAAGUAUCGUAGUUGAAUAUUCACACAAACAAUCUCCGAUUGGUAUUGAUCUAUCUCACUCAGUUCAACCUGCAAUAUCAUCCAGAGAAUGCGUUGAUCAAUUUAGCGAAAUUUUCGACUUUAGAGAAGUAAGCUAUUUGAAAGCAAUUAACGAUGAAGAGAAAAGGUAUUUCACAUUCAACCAUUUUUGGACAUUGAAGGAAUCAUUUGCAAAAUUAUUGGGAUCAGGGUUGAAUGUAAAUCUAGCAGAUUUUUUUUUUAAAAUUAACAAGGAGUUCAAAGAGGAGGAAUAUAGUUUCACUCAAGUGAACAAACUGAAGUGUAUUGAAGAAUAUAAACUCACAUGGUUUAACUCCGUUGAUGUAAACCCACUGCAAUUGAUUGCCAAGAAAGACAAGUUCAUAGAAUCCCUUGAUAAUAAACUGGAGUUUUACUGUCAUUGUUCAAUUCUUGAGAAUCGACAAGGUGACUGUUUACCAGUAAUUGUAACACUAAUAAAUCAGAGUCCUGUCAAUACUAUAAGACACAUUGAGCUAAAUUUUGAACAUAUUCUUCAGCAAUAUGCUUAAGUUCUACAAUUUAGAACGAACAAACACUAAAGAUUAAGUUAAUCACAGAAAAUUAAUAUAGACAACUAUAUAGAAAACCAAGCAAUAAAAACAUUGAAAUUAAAGUAGACGAAUAAGAAAGUACGAAAACAUCCGGUGCUUAGAUCAAACCAGCACCAAUGGCAAUUGCAGCAACUGCAAAGCCAUAUUGUGGAGCAACUCCGCCGGCGGCAGCUUCAGCUGGUGGAACAGCUGGAGUUGUUUCAGUUGCGGUUGGGGUAGUGGUCUGCUGUUCUGGAGUAGUCUCAGUAGUAGUAGUUUCAGUAGGAGUAGUUUCAGUAGUAGUCUCAGUUGGAGAAGUCUCAGUUGGAGAAGUUUCAGUUGGAGAAGUCUCAGUAGUAGUAGUUUCAGUAGGAGUAGUUUCAGUAGUAGUCUCAGUUGGAGAAGUCUCAGUUGGAGAAGUUUCAGUUGGAGAAGUCUCAGUUGGAGAAGUCUCAGUUGGGGUAGUCUCAGUUGGGGUAGUCUCAGUUGGAGAAGUUUCAGUUGGAGAAGUCUCAGUUGGGGUAGUUUCGUCUGCUCUGGCUGCUAAUUUUUUUUCCGCAUCAAUAGCAGCAUAAACCGAAGCUGUAGUGUAUAAAGUUAAAGCUAAAGUAGAGAAUUUCAUUUCGAUAGACAAUUGGUUUCUUAAUAGAUCUUGCUUACCAAAGAUUUACGACUCUAAGAUCUCACAAAAAUUGACGGCAAAUGACACCUAUAUAUUAGCAAUAAUCUUUAAAGGGGUGCAAAUUUUAGGAAAUAUUUUGUCAUUCGGAAGGGGUACCUUUUAAAAUAUUCCCUGAAAGACCACAGCUUAACCAUUAUAGGUAAUGCGGCAUCCCAUCGUCAUAUUAAAAGAAACACGUAUUUCCAAAAAAAUAUCACCAAAGCUGAAAUCUUGAAUACCAUUCAUACAAAUUUCAUCUCCUUGUAUUGAAAUGAAAUUAGUUAUGAUGAUGGAAAUUCUCCUCUUAACUUGCAACCAAAUUGUGAUGCGAGAGAAAGAUGCAAGAGAAACAAAAAAUUGAAUAGUAACUAAAGAGUGCUAUCAAAAUGGCAAUAAUACAUUUCUAAAUG